AUGCCUUUGUCUGUAGCGAAGAGACUGGGAUAUCACAAGUACCAAGCCUGCGGAAUCUCACUAGUCUUGGCAGAUAGAUCGAUAAGGUUACCAACUGGGAUGCUUGAAGACCUGCCUUUGAGGAUAGGGAAUGUGGAGAUCCCCACAGACUUCAUUGUACUUGAGAUGGAUGAGGAACCAACAGAUCCAUUGAUUCUAGGAAGGCCAUUCCUAGCUACAGCAAGAGCAAUGAUAGAUGUCUGUGAAGGAACAAUUGAGUUAAACUUGGGAAAGGACCUGAAGAUGAAGUUUGAUAUAAAAGAUACAAUGAGGAAACCAACUAUAGAAGGUCAGCUCUUUUAUGUUGAGGAAAUGGAUCAGUUGGCAGAUGAGCUUCUAGAAGAGUUAUCAACAGAGGAUCCACUACAAGUUGCUUUGACCAAGGACUCUUCAGAGGGAUAUGUGAGCUAA